AGUUUCUUGAAAAUUAUUAGAAUGAUAUAGCAAAACUCUUAUUAUUUUUUUAUUAUUCUAUUUUUUUCCCACUUUGCAGUGGCAAUUAUUAUCAUCCAAAGAAGCAGAGCAAGAUCAGAACAGCCGUGGCGACUAAGCUAACUGUUUCAAUUAGGUGUUCGGCAUAACCAUAGGAGCCUGCUCGCCUCCCACUUGAAAAGUCCCAAAAGAUUCCUUCUCAUGGCCAUUCACAGGCUCCAAGAAGAAGAAGAAGAAGAAGAAGAAGAAGAAGAAGAAGAAGAAGAAGAAGAAAGUUUGAAGCCCUGAAUUUUUAACCUAUGAAGUGAGUAUUAAUCGUCAUUAAUCAGGCACAAGCAGUGAAUACUGAACCCUUUGGUUCAAGUUACCUCACAGAUCAUAUCUGCGGUUCAUCAUCCAAUUCGAUAGGAACAGGUGAAAGCUUACAGGACUUUGGUUUAAGUAGCUAGUCUCCGCGACUGAUUCUCCUUCAUGUAUUUGUUUCUCAUAAAACUUAAUUGCUUCCUAAUAUCUGUCUGUGCUGCUGCUGCUGCUGUCAUUCGUUGCAAUGGAAGUUUCAAGAUUUCGGAGCUUCCGCUGGUUGUCUAGCUGCUGUUAUGCUCCUAUCUUGUUGAGCUCUGCUCCAUCGACUUUCUUUGCUCACUUCUUCAUGGUUGGUUUUAUGAAUACAGUUUAUAAAGGACGAGUCAGUCUUUACUAGCUAGCAUGAGUCUUUUAGGUCCCCUUUAGCACAGCUGCUAUCCAACUGAGUGUUGGAUAAAGGAAUCGUGUUAGUCGUUCCAAAUUUCAUAUGAAGUCGGAGGAUUUGAUUGAAAACUAGAUAAACCCCGCCUAAAGUCCUGGGCACGGACAAAGUUUAGGGAUCAAUUUAUAUAAAUGGUAGUAAAAGGUUCGCUCUUGCAAGUUUUUUGGCCUCUGUGAUGGUUGGAUGAAAGCAUGACCAGAGUACCCUUGGAAUUUGGAGCAAUGUUUGCCCAAAUGAAAAGAUCAGUUAUUAAUUAUGACUAGAUAGAUACUGCUAAUGGUAAUUUUCAGAAUGAGCUUGGAAAAUGUCAAACAGUACAUCAGAAUCUCAAGAUUAUAUAUCUAUGCUGAGUAAAGAGGGGUGUAUGGCUAUGGAAAUACUGGGCAGUGGGCUGUACGGUUUUACAAGGUAAAGCCAAGCUUUAUGACCGUGAUUGAAACAUGGGAAUAUAUGGUGGGAACCACCAGAAGGUAAAGCAAAGCUUCUCGUUGAAGGUGGGAAAGGAAAAGGAUGACUUCAGACAGUGGAGUGGAGUCAAGCACGAGUCAAUGCUUUGAUAGUAUAAUAAGUGUGGAUCCACAGAAGAUGAGAAGUGUUGAACAGCUUCCACUACCUGGUCAUUUUUACUUUACUCUCAGGCCAGGAAUCUUGUGUUCUCCCUUAAGUGUGUGUGGUCUUGUUACUUUCUUCCCAUGUUUACCCUAUACCCUUCUGGGUGACACGCAAAGAGAGGGCGUGAUGAUCUCAAUGGGGGAACCGGGAUAUGGGCUGAUAUCCUCGCCAGUAUCUCUUGUUCAUCACUUGAAGAGAAAGCUUCAGAAUCCCGAACGGCAGUAUCGAUUAAUCCCUGAGCAGGAGGACAUCUAUCAGUUAGAGCCUGAGGAUCUCAUUCGCAAGUAUCGUGACAUGUAUGGCAUUACUUCUGGUGAUGGGGAGUGCUUCUUCUUCUACCCUCUCUGCGGUCGUAACGGCAAAGGAACCGGUAAGUCGAUACGAAAAGGGUUCUGGCAUCCAACUGGUCGGGGAAAGAAGGCUCAGGAAACCAAUCAGAUAAAAUGGGCUCAGAGGAAUCUGGUCUAUUUCCGUGGUAGUCGGAAGGAAAAAGUCUGGACUGACUGGGCUAUGCAAGAAUACACUAUUGAAUCUGAUCUGAGCUUUAGCCUGUGUCACCUACAUAAGAAGAAAAGGGGGAGAAGAAAGAAGGCUGAAUCAGCUUCCCCGCAACCCGAUUAUUUGGGUAAUGACUGUAGACCCAAGCGGACCUGAAGAAAUAACCCCAGAGGCAUCUGUGGAUAUGGCUAUGGAGCAUCAAACUGGGACUUCCAUGUCUGCAACCCCAAAGGCAUCUGUGAAUACAGCUAUGGAGCAUCAAACCGGGACUUCCUCGUCAGAUAAAAAUGCAUCAGGGUAUAGCACACCUUCUCCUCGGGAGUGGGCAUUACCCGCUCAACAGGGAUUGUCGUAUCCUGCAGAUACAGUAACUGAUUCUACGGAGACACGGGUCUUCAAUGAUCCUCAAUCCCAUCAAAUGUACAUGGUGGGGCAAUCACCUUACUUUAACAAUGCAUCCUUUGAUAUUGAUGCCCAGCUGCCUGGUUGUUCGCAAUGCCCUCUGGAUAUAACUGCUCAAUUGCACAAUAAUGGAUCCCUCAAUCCUUUAUCUCCUCCUCAGCGUCAAUAUUCUCAGCAUGAAUUCGCUCAAUCUUUCAAUUAUGGACCCCCCAAUUUCCCAUCUCUUCCUCAGUAUCAUCCUCUGAAUGAGUUUCCUCAAUUGGGAAAUGAUGGCCUGUCUGAUCUCCCGUCUCUUGAUUUCCAAUAUUUUGAAGAUGCCUUUGCUCAGUCGUAUUAUGAAUCAUCGAAUCUCCUAUAUUCUCUUCUGCAUCCCCUCAUUAUCAAAAUCCUUAUGGAUGUAUUAACUUGCUUGCUGAAUCGCACACAACCAAAUAUACCAUCUCCUCCUCAGGAUCAAACGAUGAUUCCUACGGAGGAGAUAUUCGUUGGCAGUGGUAAUGGAUUUUCUAAUAGCAGUGGUAGCACUUCUGAAAUGGGUUAUCAUGGACAAGCUAGUGCUGAUAUGCGCUCUCUUUCCAAUGAUCAUGGAGCUCAAGAAAUAGAUUUUCGGGAAUACCAGCAAUCCUAUGUGGAUUCACAAACUCCUAUCCUACUACAAAAUUGCGAUCCAUGUUCUUAUGAGCAGGAUCAGUCAAAUCUCCAAUCAAUUGGUUUUGAAAGAAUAAGCAGCCCGAAUGCACUUUCUGUAGCUCCAAAUUGCGAUUCUCAACAAACAAAACGAAAGGUUACGCAAGAUUCUAUUACGGAAAUACCAGAAUUACCAGAAGCCGACAUUCAAUGUUCGGGUCUCAACCCCUUCGAUUUCUUAGUUUCUUCUCCAUCAAAUUUACUGCGAGAAUGCACUUCUUCUGAAAGUGGUGCAAUUAUCGGAGGAUAUAGCGCAAAAGCAGUGCCAUACCCUCCGGAAGGUACUUCUUGUGUUACAGGCAAUCCUAACAUGUUUUCCAGGAAUGGAGAGCAAAGACACGCCCUCGCAACAAUUCAAGAGGUGAGUAGAGGAAAAUGUCACAAUCCUGGGCUAACCAGGUCGAUGAAGCCUCCUCCUUUGAAGAGCAAAACCACUGGAACCUGCCUCUUUUCCCAAAGAAGCAAUUCCAGGUAAAAUCCAGCCUUACGGCUUGGAGGCCUGAUUCCAGGCAACAACUCAUCUUGGAUAAUUUAUGGUCAUUCAUAAAGAAUCCUCAAAAGGGUGAGGAAACCAUAAAUGCAUUGGUCCUCCACUUGGAGGAACUAUGUAACAGCAGAGCAUCCUUGCAGCAGGAACUCUGUCUGGAAAACCAAAGACUGCACCAAGAGCUAUCCCUCCAAAAAGCUCAGACUCAUGACUUCCUCCAAAACAGGUUAGUUGAGUUCGAUAAUUUCACAGAGCACUUUGCAGAAAUGCAAAGAGAAAAUAAUGCUCUGAUUAAAAAAUUCAAAAAGAGUGAAAAAAAGAAGAGAUAUUCUGAAGAAAGAAAAUGAGUGUUUCAAAAAAGAAAUCGAAAAACUUGUUUCAGAAAGAAUAGGAGUCUUAGAGCUUCAUGAGUCCUGCCUCAUGGAAAAAGACGCUCUUGAAAAAGAAAAUAUAAAAUUCAAGCAGGAAUUGGAGUCAUCUUCUCCAUCGAUAAUUCAGUCACAGGACCCCUCAAAGGUUGUGACUAAAAGAUUAUUUUCUAAAAAACUCAUUGAGGUUACUCUCAGUGGCAUUUUCCCACAAGCAGGAGAAAUCCUGUUCUUGUCAAAACUUCCUGAAGACAUUGUCUCAAAAAUCUCAGAGAUAAGCCUCCGGUAUUUUACUACAAACCUCAUUUCCUUUUUCACUCGGAUCCUCCAGUUCUAUGCUUCCACACCAAAAGGAACUGACGGAUGGGUCUAGAAUUGAGAAAGAAAAAACCAUUUUCAAAAUGAUUUUCAAAAACCUUGCGACCUACAUGAUGAAGAUGAAGCUUUCGAAAGAGCUGAUAUCUUAAUGAUGGAUGGUUGUAGGCAUAUUCUGGAAUUUUCGAUACCCAGAAUAAGUUCUUAUGUUUUCCCCUUAAAAAACCAUUUUAACAAACACCAUUUCGAUUUCUGUGAUAUUCUGAAAUACGGGAUUCUCAAAUCUAUGAUCCUGAAACCAGAAGACGCACACCGGUCAGAGCUCCAAUCCCUUUUUGGGAACAAUGCCUGGAAUUUGAUCACAAAAACAUUGAGGCGAUCUGCCAGCCUCUCCAUUACCAUUGAGUCCCCUCCUCCUGAGUGGAUCUCUCCAAUACAGGUUCAACCUGCGAUUCAUUACAUCUUCAUUUCUCCAGUAGAUUCCAAGGUCAUACUUCCUCUGGAAGCAAGAUACUGGACAAGUGGUAAAAGUACACGAGGAAUUUAUUGUUAUAAAAUUUAUUGUAAUAAUGGUUAGGAAAAUGUAUGUGUGAGAAUUUAUUAUUAAAUGGUAGAAAAAUACAAAAAAAUAAUGAUUAUGUUUUCGUAUCGAAAGAAGAAUAUAGUGGAGUAGGAUUCCAACUCCAGAACUGUAUGGCACCUUAAAUUUCUCUAGUAAAAUUGAUUGUUAAUGUUUAAUCUUUCCUGCUUCAGGGAGUCUCGUGCUCAAUUUACUCUCGGAUCAGGAUCUCCAAUUCAAGAGACUAUGCCUACCUCAAGCUACUUUAUUAUGUGAAUGUUCAAGUUUCUAGUCGAAGCUAUUUACCAUGGAAGUUGCCAAUUCAAGCUGCAAAUACGAAGGUGAACCAUGCAAGCCUACACACAAAUAUUUUGCUGAACCAUAUACAGGUCAAGCCGCAAACACCCAUACCAGUCAUUCUGCAUAUACCAAGCUCACCCCCAUACACCAGUCAUUCCGCAUAUACCAAGCUCACCCCCAUACACCAGUCAUUCCGCAAACACCAAGCUCACCCCAUAUACCAGUCAACCCGCAAUUUUCAAGAUAAACCAGGAAACAUAGAGACGCAGGAUAUCAAGCUCAAUCAGAUUUUUUUCUUUCCUUUGGGAAAAGUGAAGCCACGAAAUUUGAGAAUGCCCAGAAUAUGUGAAGCCGCUGAUUUGAAGCUCAGCUAGAUAUUGUUAUAUCGAAGAUUUGGAACCGCAAAUUCAAGCUCCCAGAUAUUGCCAUUUGGAAGAUUCAAUCCGAAAGAAUUCAAGCUCAAACAGAUUUUGCCACAUGAAAGAUUUCAAGCUCAACCAGAUGUCAUCAAAUUGAAGAUUUCAUUAUUUUUGCCAUCCAAGUUGGACAUUUCAAGCUGCAGAACUCAAGAUCAAUAUGAUGUCGUAGAUACGAAGAUGUCAAUCUGAACCAGAAACCUUCAAGUUGCAAAUUGCAAGCUCAAAGUAUUUGUCAACCAGCAUGUUGCAAGCUCAACCAUAAGCGGCAAAUUUCAAGCUCAAUCACGGAUAGCCCACCAGUAAGUUCCAAGCUCAUACAUCGAUUGCUGUCAUCGAUGUAUGCUUUAGUCAGUCCUCUUUGAGUAUGUUUUAUAUGGUUAACUGCAAGCACGAUUCGUACAUUGGAAUCCCAAUCAGGAAGAGUCCUGAUGAGUACAAUGUUGAAUCGCAAGAAGUGGGUACAGAACUCAACAAGUUCAAUACUCCAAAAAGCUAUGCAGGUAUCCAUGGUUCUGGCAUCGGGAGCUCCAUCUAGGAGCUCAGACAGGCAUGAGCAAGAGCGAUACCUUCUUUUCUUUCCACUUAAAGAUUUUCAACAAAUUUAUGGGUAACCAUGGCUCUUCUAUUUAGAGCUCGAUCUGGAAGCACAGACGAGCACGAUGAAGAGCGUAAGGUGAAUACUUUGUUGUCCACUUUUGAGACUAAUUUCCAUAAACUUUCGUAUUGAAAAAUUUAUGGGAAGUGACGGUUCUUGUAUUGGAUGCUGGGUCCGGAAAGCUAAGACAGGCUCGGGAAAGAACUAUAGGGGGGAGACUCUCCUCACCUCUCAACGGAGAUUUUCCUCGACAACUUCUAGCCAUUGAAAGAUGGCAAGAGCAAGCGGGGCUCUUGUGCUGUGAUCUUGACUGGAGCUCAGACGAGUACAGGCAAGCGUCCUAGCUGAUGGGUCAUGAAUGUACGAGUUCAAGACCCCUGAUUUUAUGGGCAACCGCGGUUCUUAAACUGGAAGCUCGAUCAGAGCAUUUAAGAACGAUAACGGAAGCCUCUCCUUAUCAAACAUCAGUUCUGUUGGAGGGGACUCUAUAUAUGUAUUUACAUAUGAAUGUUGUAAUGAUCAAUGUUACAAGUAUCACCUGUUAGAUUGGUCAAUGUUGUCGUUGGACAUGCUUGUAAUGUUAAUUGUUCUACGGAACAUUCAGAUGUAAUUAAGAUUUUCUAGCUAGUGUUAUUAACUAUGAUACUAUGCAGUCCAUGCUCGUUCUUUUGUUCUGUUCCCAAAUAGAUAAGACAUCAUCAGUUCUUUU